GAACCCUUCGUGGAGCUCUUUCAUGAAUAGUCUGCGCCUUUCAUUGUCUGUCAUUUCCUGAUCUUUAAUCGUUGAACUUUGACAUCAUGCUCGUUUCCCAGGGAUUUUUUCUUGUUGCGCUUUCUAUCUUUGAAUCCUCCGCUGCUUACGAAUUUGGCAAAAGACAAGCGGCCGGGUCUUUAUGUCCUAUCCAGGAGACUAUUACUGUAACUGCCUCAGAAUGUCCAAUUUUCUCUUCUUCUGCACCUCCCAGCAGUGGUGUAUAUUCGACUCCCGGCUUCACAUCUGCUUCUACUAGCUCCGAGAGUCUAGCCAGCACAUCAGCAUCCGGCAGUACAGCUGCUACUUACACAAGUCCUAGUCCUGUCUCUUCAAUUGAAUCUUCCACGCUCGCAUCGUCAUUCUUGGGAACUCUUUCUCCUACCGAAAGCUUGGUAUUCUCGUCGUUCUCUUCUGGAACCUCGCUUCCAUCAACUAGUCUUGUUAUUCCCAUAACAUCAUCUGAGCCUUCUUCGAUAAUUACGGAAGGAUCCUCUUCAAUUCCAGCUUUUACUUCGAGUAGUGCCGUUAUUUUAGAACCUUCUUCGGUAACCCAGAGCUCAGUCGAAUCUUCCACGGUCGUCUCAGAAGUCUCUACGGAAGCUUCCUCGGUCUAUGUCACGCCUACGGCAUCAAACAGUAUACCUGUAUCAUCUGUGCCAGUUUCCUCUGAAUCGACAAGCGUUCCGGAGUUAUCGACGUCAAUUUUGGAAUCAAGCAGUGUUGUCCCGACCGAAAGUUCUGUGUUUACUUCCCCCACAUCCGCCGAACCUAGCACUUCAGUUGAAUCUUCCUCAGCUUCGAGCUUAAUUCACAGUACCGCAGCUUCCACCACAUACACUUUGCUACCCUCUUCCUCAUUCUUAACUUCAUCGCUUCCUUCCUCUGCAGCCACAUCGACAAGCAUAUACACAGUAACCUCUUCCGCACCUCUACCCUCCAUUUCAUCCAUCACAAUAACCACAACCGUCAUCAGUACAAUUGGGGGACAAACCACGACCGUUCUAUCAACAUUCACACAAGCUACUACUAUUGCAACCACCGUCAUAACCACAGUUCAAGUACCAACCACCGUGAUUAGUCUAGGGACCACGACUGUUAUACAAUAUACCACUGUUGCACCUCCAGCCUGCACUAUCCAUCCUACUUUGAUCAAUGGCGGAUUCGAGAAUGGAAAUGGUAUCGAGCCUUUUGAAGUAGUGGCUGCGGGACCCAAUGCGCCCAGUUACACCACUGCAGCUGUUCCUCAUAGUGGAUCUACCAGUUUAGAGUUACUUUUCUUCCCAUCAUCCUCAGCUAGCUCAUACAUCACUCUAACCCAAACUGUGUCUGCCUGUCCCUUGUACAACUAUCUUCUUACCGGCUACGUGAAAGCGAAUAACAACCUUAGCAUCAAUCCAUCAUCCAAUUGCUACAUCUAUCUUCAAACCCCCACGCAAUCCUCUCUCACCACCCUCAUUAACUCCUCCACUUACCCCGGUUGGAGCAUGAUUUAUCUCUUCUUCACUGCUCCCGGAAACGUUGGAGAUGGAGUGCAGAGUGUACCUUUAACAGUGCAUUCCUACUGUAAUAGCGGGACCGCCGAUUCACCGGGAUUGUAUGUGGAUGAUCUUGUGGUUAGCGGGUAAUAGUCUGAAAACAGUGAAAAGGAUAUGAGAUGAGAUCUGGUGGAUGGUUCGAGAUGAAGGGAGGAGAAUGAGAAGGUGGAGUGAGAAGUUGGAAACGUCUUUUCUUUUUGGUUUGUUUGAUUAUUGUAUGGCUGCGUGGUUUAGAUGUUGUACGAGUGUGAGAGGGAGCGUGUAAGGUUAGUUACAGAUUGUUGGAUUGGUGGGUAGCGGAUGUAUGCAUUAAUAGAUAGGUGAAUUUAAAGAUUGGUCUUCUUUGAAACCCA